AUGGAAAUGACCAAGCGGAUUCUCGUUAUUUGUGUUUUGGAAUUAUUGGUGAAUGUGAAUAUACAAGGAUGCACUCCAAUGACAAUACCAGAAUCAAAACUAAAAAAUAGCUCGCUUCAAACUCUGGAUUUGAUCGGCCAGAAGAUGUGUGUGCACCAGUGUUCUUAUCACAGCGAUUGUAAGGCUGUUAAUUUCAACAAACGCCAGCUGACCUGUGAACUUUUGACCCGCUCUGGACGGGAAGAGCCAGGGUAUCUCCAGUAUGAUGCCGAUUCCGUUCAUAUCCACAACAUAACCAAAGACCAGAUUUCAGAUUUCUGCUCAAAUAAGACAUGUCCAGCCUAUCAUCGGUGCGUGAGCGGAAAAAAGAAAGCGUUAUGCAUCAUCAGUGAAUGCUCGACGCAAAAUUUAACGCUCAAGAAUGGUUUUUUAACCUUGAAUCGCUUGCUUAUUGGUGAUAUUUUGGAAUUCACUUGCGCUAAUGGCUACUCAAAAAGAAACGUCACCUUCCGGUGUCUUAGUAGUGGGAACAUUGAAAACGCUGAAAAAUUAGCAUGUUACAAAAAAGAAGGCCCAUGGACGAUUGUCUUCAAAACCCAGAGUAACAGUGGAGCCCAUCCUUUACAAUCGUACAACAACACCGGAACACAACAAGAAAGAAACUCUUCUUUCCCGUCAACCUGUGUGACUCUGGCUAAAGUACCCGGAUGUACUACCCCAUACAGAACAGCACUCGUUGACGACUGGGAACAAUUGAAGGUUCAGAACGUUCUAUUUACUGUGACGGUUAACUCGACAUUUAAACAAGAGAUCAUAUUUGACGGACGCAAUUCUUCUAGUUUUGACUGGUUCUCCGGAAGUAGGGUCAUAAACUCAUCUUGGUCAGAUGUCACAGAAUCACAAACCUAUCUCUUUUUUGAUAUUUUAGGAUUGCAGGAUUCCAUCGUAAAUAGAUUUUGGACCAUAAUGAAUUAUCAUCAGGGCUGUCCGGGUGACUUUGGCUGGUUUUCCGCGUCAUACAAUCCUCCAUAUGGAUGUUCCUAUGAUUUGACAUCUCUGUCCUACCCAGUGUUUAGAGCGUCUCCCAGUUCAACGGCUUGUGUAAUGGCAUCUAGCACGGUGGAAGCAGAAGCAUUUUCAGUUUCAAUUUUAGCGAAGAGUUUGAUCUGAAUGAAGACCAAAGG